AAGAAGUUAGAGAGGUGGACUGCAGAGGCGCACGGUGCCAGUGCCAGGACCACUAGGAGCCUCUGCCUGCGCAGCAACAGCCUACACGCCGAGAAGAAGAAGUGUUUUUCCUAUUAUUUCUAUCUCACUGAGAGCAAGUGUGCUGGGGGGGGAGCAGAGCGAUGACAUGCGAGUAGAGAGCCGUAGAGUUUGUGAGUGUUAACGCAGGCGGACCCUUCUUUUAUUCCACCCAAGAUGAGUAACGACUUGAAGAUCGCCGUGCCUCUGGUCCUCCUCGCCCUGUGCGUCGCGGUGCAGCGAUCCGACUCUGCGGCUUGCCAUGGAUGUGCGGGAUCCAAAUGUGACUGCAGUGGAGUAAAAGGAGCCAAAGGUGAGAGGGGUUUCCCAGGUCUCACCGGACAGCCAGGAGUCCCAGGAUUCCCCGGACCUGAAGGGCCGAUCGGACCCAGAGGAGAGAAGGGUAGCGAUGGACCUCAAGGACAAUUUGGUCCCAAAGGAAUAAGAGGGCCUCCUGGAUUGCCAGGAUUUCCAGGAACACCAGGACUUCCAGGUCUACCCGGGCAGGAUGGACCUCCAGGCCCGAGAGGAGUGCCGGGUUGCAACGGGACAAAGGGUGAGAGGGGUUUCCCAGGAAAUUCAGUCCCUGGACAGCAAGGAUCCCCGGGUCCACCUGGUCUGCCAGGACCAAAGGGAGACCCAGGUGACGUGAUCUCCACCAACCGUUUUGGAGAGAAAGGAGCACUGGGAUUGCCCGGAUUGCCAGGAGUUCCUGGCCCUUCCGGACCCCCCGGUUUGCAAGGUCCAGUCGGCCCUCCAGGACCCAGAGGCUAUGAGGGUCGUCCGGGUCCUCCUGGUCUUCCUGGACCAAAGGGAAACAUGGGAUUGAACUUCCAAGGACCCAAAGGAGAGAAGGGUGACCCGGGUUUGCCAGGACCUCCUGGUCCUCCAGGACAAGUUGGAGAACAGAAGAGGCUACCAGAGACAGAGAUUCAGAGAGGAGACAAGGGUGACCCAGGUCUUCCAGGUCCCGUAGGUGAUCCAGGCUUUCCAGGACCUCCUGGUCCCUCGGGUGGCCAGAAAGGAGACAAGGGAGAACCAGGAGAACCAGGCAAACGAGGCAAACCAGGCAAAGACGGCGACCCUGGUUCUCCAGGCUUCCCCGGAAUCAAAGGAGAAUCCGGCCUGCCAGGUCCUCCGGGCAGGGAUGGAGAGAGAGGAUUAAAAGGUGAUCGUGGAUACCCGGGCCCACCAGGAGUGGUGAUUGGCGAACACACAGGGGGCCGGGUCGGUCCUAAAGGUGAUCCCGGGUUACCCGGAGCACCUGGACUCAAAGGAGAGAGAGGACAACCAGGUUUAACAGGCCCUCCAGGAACACCAGGACUUCCAGCUAUCGGUGGCAUUGGUCAGCCUGGAUCUCCAGGCUUCCCAGGAGAGAGAGGUCAGAAGGGAGACUCUGGCGCUCCAGGGCUGUCUUUGCCAGGUCCCCCAGGACGUCCGGGGGUUCCUGGUGGCCAGGGUGCACCAGGGCCCCCUGGACCUCCAGGCUUUUCCACAGCAGGACAAACCUGCGUCGCUGGAGAGCCCGGGCUUCCCGGCGUGCAGGGAGAGAGAGGUUACCCAGGAGAGUUGGGCCAGAAAGGUGAGAAGGGCGACACCUGUGUGAACUGCUUUGAUAGUACCACCGCCAUCCCAGGACCCCCAGGACCCCCAGGACAGCCCGGAUUCCCUGGAUCUCCUGGCGCUCAAGGUGUCAAAGGAGACAGAGGAUUUCCAGGAACACCUGGUGCCGUUGGACCCCCUGGUGCCUCCGGUCCUCAAGGUGCUCCAGGAUUCCCAGGAGAGAAGGGAGACCCAGGCGAUGCCAUCACAGUCAGCGGUGUGAGGGGAGAGAAGGGUGACACCGGCUUCCCCGGACAACCUGGUCUGCCCGGUCUGGACGGUCGACCCGGUCGUGAUGGACAGCCUGGAUCUCCUGGACCCAAAGGACCUCCUGGAUCUCUGCUGGUAAAAGGAGAACGAGGGCUCCCCGGUGAGCCAGGUUCCCCAGGUAUUCCAGGAGACAGGGGUCCUCCAGGGGCCCCUGGCUUCGGACCUCAGGGACCUCCAGGAGAGAAAGGUAUCCAGGGCGUCUCAGGAAGACCCGGAGGUCCCGGCGCACCCGGUGCUAAAGGUGAACCAGGCCGGCAGAUGGCCGAGAAAGGCUUACCAGGACCCAGAGGUCAGGAUGGCGAGCCAGGACGGCCCGGCUCACCAGGUAGCCCAGGUCCGCCUGGACAGAAUGGUUUCCCUGGUUUACCAGGAGCGAAGGGUGAUCCUGGACUCCCUGGCAUCGGACUUCCAGGACCCCCAGGAGCUAAAGGAUUCCCAGGUGUUGCUGGCCAGCCAGGAGCUCCUGCAGGACCAGGCAGACCUGGAGUAGAUGGACUCCCCGGCCAGCCUGGAUUUCCUGGACCCAAGGGUGAGCCUGGCUUUGGCCUUCCUGGCCCCCCAGGUUUACCAGGAGUACCUGGAGCUAAAGGUUUCCCCGGACCAAAGGGAGAUCCUGGUUUUCCUGGCAGCCCUGGUUCACCUGGACGAUCUGGAUUUGAUGGCGCUCCAGGAAGUAAAGGCGAGCCCGGUACUCCUGGUAUACCCGGAGCUCGUGGCCCACCUGGAUCCCCCACCAUCGGCUCACUGGGGCCACCUGGCCCACCUGGACCCCCUGGUCCAAUGGGACCACCAGGCGAGAAAGGAUUCCCUGGAUCAAACGGAGUGAAAGGAGACCCCGGCCCUCCAGGUCUAGAUCUCCCAGGUCUGCCAGGAGACAGAGGGAGUCCCGGUUUCCCAGGUUCCCCAGGACCAGUCGGAAUCCCAGGACCUCCUGGAGGACCUGGACCGGAUGGCCUGCCUGGACUGGCAGGUCAGAAAGGAGACAUGGGUCCCAUGGGAUCCCCAGGACCUUCUGGAGGACCAGGAGCUCCAGGAGCGCCUGGCGCUACCGGACUUAAAGGUGAACCUGGAUUCCCAGGUAGAGACGGCGCACUUGGCAGUCCCGGUGAUAAAGGAGAGAGAGGCGAACCCGGUCUCCAAGGACCCCCAGGAGCCCCCCAGCCACCAUCGAUCUAUAAGGGAGCCAAAGGAGAUCCUGGACUUCCAGGUGCACCAGGUUUUCCAGGUCAGAAAGGCAUCGCUGGUCUUUCCGGUGACCCUGGACUGCCAGGAUCAGAUGGACGCCCUGGACUCCCUGGACCACCAGGUCCUAAGGGAGAUCCUGGCAUCCCAGGAGGCCCAGGUGCUCCUGGAGUUCCGGGACUAAAAGGCAGCAUGGGAGAAAUGGGAUUUCCAGGACCGUCAGGGCAGAAGGGUCUACCAGGCCAGCCAGGUAGGCCUGGAUCCCCGGGACAGCCAGGAGGACCUGGUUUCCCUGGCGCCAAAGGUGAACCAGGCUCUGCUGGAGUUGGACCACCUGGACAAGACGGACCCAAGGGUGAACCAGGCCAGCCAGGGUUCCCAGGAAGUCCAGGACUGAAAGGAACUCCAGGAUCACCCGGUCUCCCAGGUUUACCAGGAGGGCCAGGUGCUAAAGGCGACCCCGGCCUCCCAGGAUUCCAAGGUUCUCCUGGUAGCCCCGGUCCAAAGGGUCUCGAUGGUGGGCCCGGUGCCCCAGGUCUCACUGGAGCUCCUGGCAGACCAGGAGAGUCCGGCCGACCAGGAGGACCAGGGUUGCCAGGAGAGAAGGGUCAGGCAGGUCGUGACGGGAUCCCGGGACCAGCUGGAGUCAAAGGAGAGCCAGGGCUUCCUGGUUUCGGUGGCCCCGGUCCCCCUGGAUUUCCAGGGUUGCCAGGUGCAAAGGGAGACCCAGGUCUUCCCGGCCAACCUGGCAAUCCUGGUUUCCCUGGCACUAAAGGAGAGGCUGGUUUCCCCGGCUCCCCUGGUCUUCCAGGGAACAGCGGCCCUCCUGGGCCUCCAGGACUGGCUCUGCAGGGCCCCAAGGGACUCCAAGGACCCCCUGGACCACCCGGAAGAGCAGGUCCCGCAGGUCUUCCAGGUUCACCUGGCCCAGAGGGUCCCCGUGGGCCCCCAGGAAGCGGUGGCGUGAAGGGAGAGAAGGGUAAUCCCGGUUCUCCUGGCCAGCCGGGUUUCCCCGGACAGAAGGGAGACCCUGGUAUUCCCGGAUUCCCGGGUUCCUCUGGUCUUCCCGGAGUUCCUGGUAUAAAGGGAGAUAUCGGUCUGCCUGGUGUUCCUGGAUUCCCUGGACCAAAGGGAGACCCAGGACUCCCCGGCGGCACUGGCCUUCCUGGAAGUCCUGGAGAUGUCGGACCCACUGGCCUUCCUGGUGACCCCGGUAUACCUCCGCCUCCCAUGAUAGUGAAGGGAGAACGAGGACCCCCUGGUCCUCGGGGCGUGAUAGGUAAUCGGGGAUUACCUGGUCCUCCUGGACGUGAUGGACUUCCAGGUCAACCUGGUGACCCUGGGGAUCCUGGUCUGGAGGGUCCCCCUGGCUUCGGCGGCCCACCCGGCAGGAAGGGAGACAACGGACCCGCCGGUCAGCCUGGUCAGCGUGGCUACCCUGGUCCCCCUGGUUCAGACGGUCCACAGGGUCCUCCCGGUCUUCCAGGAUCAGUCUCUGCAGCCCAUGGCUUCCUCAUCACCAGACACAGCCAGGGUCAGGAGGUGCCCUUCUGUCCCGAAGGAACUAACCUCAUCUACGACGGCUACUCCCUGCUGUAUGUGCAGGGCAACGAGAGGGCACACGGACAGGACCUUGGCUCGGCGGGCAGCUGUCUGCGCAGAUUCAGCACCAUGCCCUUCAUGUUCUGCAACAUCAACAACGUCUGCAACUUUGCCUCCCGCAACGACUACUCCUACUGGCUGUCCACACCAGAGCCCACUCCCAUGUCCAUGGCUCCCAUCACUGGAGAGGACAUCAAACCUUACAUCAGCAGGUGUUCAGUGUGUGAAGCACCAGCCAUGGUGAUUGCAGUCCACAGUCAGACCAUCCAGAUUCCCACUUGCCCUUCGAAUUGGGAAGCUCUGUGGAUAGGAUACUCCUUCAUGAUGCACACUAGCGCAGGUGCAGAGGGCUCCGGUCAGGCCCUGGCCUCCCCCGGCUCCUGCCUGGAGGAGUUCCGCAGCGCUCCCUUCAUAGAGUGCCACGGCAAAGGGACGUGCAACUACUAUGCCAACUCCUACAGCUUCUGGCUGGCCACUGUUGAACCCACUGAGAUGUUCAGGAAGCCCCAGUCGGAGACUCUCAAGGCGGGUAACCUACGGACACGUGUCAGCCGUUGCGUAGUCUGCAUGAAGAGGACGUAACGGCACACGGCAACGAGCAUAUCCACCGUUGCCGGGGACAACUGAUUGAUAACAAGAAAUGAUUGGAUGACGGGGGACAAGUAGGGGGGUUGUGGUCACAACAACGGAUAGGCAGUCGCCGUGGUGACAAGGUGGAAUUCCAAUGGUGCGUUGUCUUCCGGAAAAAAAACUAAAACAAUGGUGCUACUGUGCAACACAGCUUAAAAAAAGAAAAGAAAAAACUGACGUAAAUAAAUCUUACAUUUAGUCUUUGUUUUUCUUAAGAAGUACCUCAAAAUGAAAGCAAAAAAUAUCUACUAAAUGGUGCCAUGAUGGAUGUGUGACAACAUAAGUGAAUUUCUUUUCCCUUCUUUCCCAAAAGGAUCAUUGUUUCCUUUCUCUUUUUUAAAAAUCACUUUUGACGUUGAUGAUACAAAAACAUGAUACUGUACAUCUAUUUCUAGACAGAAGUGCUCUUCUGUUUUGUUGUUUUGCUUUUAGCCUUAUUGAUAAGGAGUGGAUGGUCUCAAUGGUUACCAAAUCGGCACUUUGACUUCGGAACAUCCAAGAUGAGAGAUGCACUGACGAUGAGCUUUCCUUAGUGAGACUGACUGCCUUUUUUUAUUACUAGCUCUUCAUUCACACACUCUCUCUCUCUUUCAUUUUUCUGUCGUUUAACGUUACAUUUGGUGGUACUAACCCUGCUGUAGCCCGCCCUCUAACCAUCAGCCUACACCUUCUUUCUCUUACUUUUUUUUUGUAAGUAAUAAAAUGUGUAUAUUAUGUAAAACACCUUUUGUUUUUAGUGUAGUAGGUCCUGAAUCUGUACCAGCUGUUUGUUAUAAGACAAUUUUCCAGGUUCUUUUUAGCUCACACACUCACGCGUUCACACACAAACACACACUCAUUCAUUCACUUCCUCACUGACACACACUGACUCAGAUAUUGUACAAAGUAAGGCUUUUAUGAAUGAAACAGUAUUUUAUAUAUAAUAAAUAUAUAUUUGAAAAAAGAGGAUAAAAGGUAUAUAAACUUUAUUCGGCUGUGGGGAGAUAGUUCACUGUUUUCAAACACAAACAAAAGUCAGGCAUUUCACCAAAAAAUAAACUACUGAGUGUAGACAGAGCCAUUUUCCCUAAAACAUAACAGUCUUGUAUGAUAUUAACGGUGCCAAUCGCUUAAAUCUUUUGUAUUCAAUUGGUAGAAUUAAUAAAUGUUGAACUGAAAUAAAGGGGAUUUGCUUUUAGGUAGACUAUGAUUGGGGAAUGUUAGAGAUACUUGUGCAAAAAGGAUUUGAAUUAAAUCUUGGCUCCUUGAUUAGAAAAAAUGUGAUAUUUGUUUUGUGUUUAACAUUUCCAGGUGCUGGGCUUUGCUGUAAAAAGAGGGCCUGAGGUUUGGGGGCUCAUUUUUGCAGCCCAAAACCUUCACAUCCACUUUUACUGGCUUGAAUUUGUAUCCAAAAUUGGUUAAAGUGUUCACACUCGACCCUGUUGAAAAACAGAUUGAAGUGUCUGUACAUUUAAAUCAGGUGUAACGGUCCCUGGUGUGACGCUUCUCUCACAUCAGGGUACAGACUCCUGAUGGUAGUCUACAAGAGCUGUUUUAGGGAGGAAGAAAUGUUUUCCUGUGAUUUUAUUGUUAUUUUUAUUUUUUCAAAACUGCUUUUAUGAAUUCUAAAUUUUUUUUUGUUUAUUUUUUUCAUGUUAUGUUAUCCAGAAGUUGUUAUAAACUUUUAAGACUGAAAUAAAUAUUAUGUCCAAA